UUGGUCCUCUCUGUGUUGAGUGUGCUCUUCUCAGUCCCUCAGCUCUUCCAUACCCGGGAUCUGGGGGGGUCACUACAGUCCUUGAAAUCCGCGUACCUCCACAUAGAGUAAAUUCAGACGUCCCUAUGGGAGUCCCGGGGGUCGCUUCCUUUUGGGUUUAAAGUGUCCCUCAGGGUGGUCUCUGCCUCAGGCUUUUAGCCUUAGGGCCAUGGAGACACCUUCUUUCGCGCACUUUUUCUGCUUAAAACCCUUUACUGACCUCUUCGCCCACCCCGCGCCGUUUACAGUCCUCACCUACGAGGUGCGUUCCGGUCUGUCAUAUCCUCCAAGCCUCGCUUUUGUCCGCCCCUGGAGGGCAGCGCCACAGCCCCAGUUCAGGGGAGGCCGCGUCCUUUGCCUGCUCCUGGGAAUCUGCAGACCCCACCCUUCUCUUAGGACACCCCCGCCCUGUCCUUGGGCGGGGCCCUUCUGCUCCCCAGGCCUCCCCUUCGCAGUCACCGCCGCUUCCCCUGACCUGACCCCUCUCACUGUGGGAGCUGAUGGCUGCAGUGAGUGGGAAAGAUGGUCCCUUUGGAAAGAUGGUCCGCUGUUGCUCACUACCCCAGGAGAGAGGCAGAAACAAUAAACUCCUAUAGAAAGACCAACAAGAUUGACUUCUAAACACUCCAGUUACAUGAAGAAGAAGCCCAGAAGAGGAAAGAAGAGGAGUCAGGAAUGGCUCUUACUCAGAGGCCUUUGACAUUCAGGGAUGUGGCCAUAGAAUUCUCUCAGGAGGAGUGGACGUGCCUGGACCCUGCUCAGAGGACUUUAUACAGGGACGUGAUGUUGGAGAACUAUAGGAACCUGGUCUCCCUGGGUAUCUCUUCUAUAUGUAUGAUAAAUGAAUUGCCACCUAAAGAGAACAGUAAUACAGGAGAAAUAUCCCAAACAGUGAUGUUGGAAAGGCACAAAAGCCAUGGCAUUGAAGACUUUUGCUUUAGGGAAAUCCAGAAAAAUAUACAAAACUUCGAGUAUCAGUGGCGAGUUGCUGAAAGACAUUACCAAAGAAUCUAUAAGACUCAUAAGGAAAAUCUCACUGGUAGAAGAGAUCAGCAUAAUAGAAGGAAUUCAGGAAAUAAGUUUAUUAAAAAUGAGCUUGGAUUAAACUGUGAGUCACAUCUACCAGAACUGCAGCUAUUUCAGGCUGAAGAGAAAAUUUAUGAAUGGAAUCACAUGGAGAAGUCUAUCAGCAAUUAUUCCUUCCUUUUCCCACCCCACAGAAUUCCUUCUACUAUCAAACCCCACAUUUGUCAUGAAGAUGAAUAUGAUUUUAUGGAUUCAUUAUUUACACAAAAACAGAAAGCACACGUAGAGACAGAACAUUACAAAUGUAAUGAGUGUGGCAAGACCUUUAAUCAAGGCUUACAUUUCACUGUACAUCAAAUAAUCCAUGCAGAAGAGAAACGAUUUGAAUGUGAUAUAUGUGCCAAGGUCUUUAAUAAAAAAUCAUACCUUGUAAGUCAUCGGAGAAUACAUACUGGAGAGAAACCUUACAAGUGUAAUGAAUGUGGCAAGGUCUUCAAUAAUAUUUCACAUCUUGCACAACAUCGGAGAAUACACACUGGAGAGAAACCUUACAAAUGUAAUGAAUGUGGAAAGUUCUUCAAUCAAAUUUCACACCUUGCACAACAUCGGAGAAUUCACACUGGAGAGAAACCUUACAAAUGUAAUGAAUGUGGAAAGGUAUUCCAUCAAAUUUCACACCUUGCACAACAUCGGACAAUUCAUACUGGAGAGAAACCUUACAAAUGUAAUGAAUGUGGCAAGGUGUUCAGUCGAAAUUCAUACUUAGUACAACAUCUGAUAAUCCAUACAGGAGAGAAACCUUACAAAUGUAAUGAAUGUGGCAAAGUCUUUAAUCAUAUUUCACACCUUGCACAACAUCGGAGAAUUCAUACUGGAGAGAAACCUUACAAAUGUAAAGAAUGUGGGAAGGUGUUCAGUCAUAAGUCAUCCCUAGCAAAUCAUUGGAGAAUUCAUACCGGAGAGAAACCUUACAAAUGUAAUGAAUGUGGCAAGGUAUUCAGUCGCAAUUCAUACCUUGUGCAACAUCUAAUAAUUCAUACUGGUGAGAAACCUUAUAAAUGUAACGAGUGUGGCAAGGUAUUCAGUCAAAAUUCACACCUUGUAAAUCAUCGAAGAAUCCAUACUGGAGAGAAACCUUACAAAUGUAAUGAAUGUGGCAAAGUCUUCAGUCAAAAUUCAUAUCUUGUAUAUCAUCGCAGAAUUCAUACUGGAGAGAAACCUUAUAAAUGUCAUGAAUGUGGAAAGGUCUUCAGUCUAAACUCCUCCUUGGCACAUCAUCGGAGAGUUCAUACUGGAGAGAAACCUUACAAGUGUAACGAGUGUGGCAAAACCUUUAGUGUGCGUUCAAGCCUUAAUAAUCAUCAUAUAAUCCAUACUGGAGAAACCUUUCAAGAGUAAUGAAAUGAAUGUAGUAAGGGUUUUUCAGUGGGAAUUCAUACCUUGCACAUCAUCAGAGAUUUCAUCCUGUGGAGAAAUUUUAUUAAUGUGGCAAUGUAAUCAAUGUAAUUAAUUAACAUGGGAAGGUAUUAUGUCAGCGUUAAACCCUUGAAAGACACUGCAUAAUUCAUAGUAGAAAGAAACUUUGCAAGUGUGAGGAGUGCAGCAAAGCCUUUAGUCAUUGCUUAAGGCAUAAUAACUGUCAGUUAAUGUAUAGGGGAGAACAGCCUUACAAAUGUAUCGAAUGUGGCGAGCCUUAGGGUAUAAUUUGGACAUCAGGACUCUCCAAACAAUUCUUGCUGGAUACAAACCUAACAAAUGCAAAUCUUUUAGUGUACCUUCACUCCUUAGGCACAUCAGAUAACCCAUACAGGAGAGAAACCAUUCGAAUGUAAUGAAUGUGGCAAGGUCUUCUGCCACAAUUCACACCUUACACAUUAUCAGAGAAUUCGUACCUGAGAGAAAACUUACAAAUACGAUGAGGGUUUUAAACCUUUGUUAUGAGUUCAAGCAUGAAUCAACAUAGGGAAUUCAUACUAAAGAGCAAUCAUAUAAUUGUAAUGUAUGUGACAGAGAUAUUUUCAUGGCCUUAAACUCGGUAGGCAUCAAAAAAUACAUCUUUGGUGAAACCAUACGAAGCUAAGGUGCAUGCUUAGGCAUUUAUUCAAGCAUCCAAACUGAUGAUGUCAAACAUCAGAGUGUUCAUCCUGGAGAUGAAUUGCACAAAUAUAGUGAAUGUAUUGAGCCUUUUAGUCAAACAGUCAUGAGUUUUUUUGUCACAAGAGGUUCAUACUUGAUAAAAACAAGGCAAAUGUAGUGAACCUAGAAAGUUCACUAAGGUACGCCCUUAGGAUUCAUUAAAGAAUUUAUACUCAAACGAACACUUACAAAUUUAAUGAUAUUAUACAUUAUUUAAUCAAUUCUCAUAAUAUAGUCCACAUUGGAGAGUUCGUAUAAAGAAUAAAGAAGUCUCAAAUUCUCCAAGAUUAACCUUUGAUAGGCCGGGCGCGGUGGCUCACGCCUGUAAUCCUAGCACUCUGGGAGGCCGAGGUGGGCGGAU